UAGUAUAGUACUGGGGAGCGUUAAUUUAAAAUUGUUGAAGAGAAGCUUUAACAGGAGUAUUAUAUAAGAUUAAGGUUAUGCCGCUUUAGAACUCUUCUUGGCUCCUAAACACCAAUACCUAGUAUAGUCAAAAUGAAGGCCUUCGCUAUAUUCACCUUUGCAGUAGCAGCCGCUUCUGCGGCUGUAAUUAAUUCUACCGAGAUCGUGGAGGUUCCCAGCGGUGCUCUUGAGAUCACCAUCGAUGGUGUUUCAUGGGGCUAUCUACUGGAUACUACGGAAGGAGUCCGGACUUUCGACGUCUCUGGCACUGAGUAUAACCUGCAGCAGACUAUCGUAACCAGAGGCGGCGUCCAUACAAUCGCAGAAUUGAUUCAGAAAUGGGGCAAGCCUGCUGCAAGGCUUUUCCAGUGUAUCGGUGCUAAGGUUGUUAGCAAUUGUGCAAGCCAGUUCGUCUUGUGUGGCGCAAGCGGCGUUGCGCCUUGGGUUUGUGCAGGAGGUCUCACAUGUGCUGGUCCUCAUGCGGUGGAGUGUGUACAGCAGUUGACAGGUUAACCGUUGUUAGUUGUAGCUAUUAAGGAAUAUACACGCAG